AUGGGCGGUACGCGCCAGCUGGCACAACAAAAUUGUCGACUAACUGUUUUAGAACCAGAAGAGACCGUCGUUUCGCCUCAAGAGACCGAACAGGUCGAAAAGCCAACCACCGAAUCCACAGUGCCAAAGAGUGAAGUCAAAGUCAUCCGCCGCAAGUUGAACGGAUACGUUGGAUUCGCUAACUUGCCAAAACAAUGGCACAGAAAAUCGAUCAGAAGAGGCUUCAGCUUGAACCUGCUGGUUGUUGGUGAGAGAAGUUUGGGUAAGUCUACUUUGAUAAACACUCUUUUCAACAAGGAUUUGUACCCAGUGGACUCUUUCUCGAAAGCAUCUUUCCCUGAUCCAGAAGAACCAGUUAAGGUUUCCGUCGAGACUGUCAGCGCCGAUAUCGAGGAAAACAACGUCAAGCUGAGCUUGACCGUUAUUGACUGUCCAGGAUUCGGCGAGGGUAUCAACAAUACUGAUACCUGGAAACCUAUUGUCGACGAGGUCAACUCCAGAUUCGACAAGUACUUGGAGGCUGAGACCAAGAUCAACCGGUCCACCAUUGUCGACAACAGAGUCCACGCAUGCUUGUACUUUAUUGAGCCUACCGGACACUCGUUGAAGCCUUUGGACAUCACUUUCAUGAAGCAAAUUCACGAAAAGGUAAACCUUAUUCCAGUGAUUGCCAAAUCCGACACUCUCACCGAGAAGGAGAUCCAAGAGUUCAAGCAAAGAAUUUUGGACGACAUAAAUAACCAAGGAAUCAAGUUGUUCAACCCUCCAGAAUACGACCACGACGAUGAGGAGACCAGAGCUGCAUCCAGACAAAUCAUGGCCAAGGCACCGUUCGCUGUUGUUGGGUCUACCAACCAGAUCCAGACCCCAGACGGAAGAAUAGUGAGAGGCAGAUCUUAUCCAUGGGGAAUUAUUGAGAUCGACAACGAGGACCACUGUGACUUCAUCAAGCUUAGACAGCUCCUGAUCAGAAACUUCAUGGAGGAGUUGAAGGAGAUUACAGCCAACAAAUUGUACGAGAACUACAGAACUGCCAAAUUGAAGAAGCUUGGCAUUGAGCAGGACGACUCUGUUUUCCGCGAGUUUGACCCUGUUUUGAAGCAGGAGGAGGAGAAGCAGCUGCACGAGGCCAAGCUUGCUAACAUGGAGGCCCAGCUGAGAUCGAUUUUCCAAUCCAAGGUUAGCAAGGAGGAAAAGAAGUUGCAAGAGACCGAGGCUGAUCUGUUUGCCAAACACAAGGAGAUGCGGGACAAGCUUUUGAAGCAGAUCAAGCUUUUGGAGGAGAAGAAGAAGGAGUUGGAGCUGGCCAAGCCUCUUCACGAGCCAACUCACAGCGCCCCAACCAAGACCAGAAAGGGAUUCCUCCGUUAA